AUGAAGGUCAUCACUUGUGAAAUAGCAUGGCAUAAUAAGGAGCCUGUUUACAGCUUAGACUUCCAACGUGGAGCUGAUGGGAAGAUCAAUAGACUGGCCUCAGCAGGUGUGGACACAGCUGUUCGUAUAUGGAAAGUGGAAAAAGGACCAGAUGGAAAAGCAAUUGUGGAAUUCUUGUCAAACCUCGCCCGCCAUACCAAGGCAGUGAAUGUUGUGCGCUUCUCUCCAAGUGGUGAGAUCCUAGCAUCUGGAGGAGAUGAUGCUGUUAUUUUAUUGUGGAAGCUGAAUGAUAGCAAAGAAUUGGAACCAUUAGUUUUUCAAGAUGAAGAUGAAGCUCAGCUCAACAAGGAGAACUGGACAGUUGUUAAAACUUUAAGAGGCCACUUAGAAGACGUAUAUGAUAUUUGUUGGACCUCAGAUGGAAAUUACAUGGCAUCUGCUUCUGUAGAUAACACAGCUAUAAUGUGGGAUGUCAGUAAAGGGCAGAAGGUUUCAAUAUUAAAUGAACACAAGAGUUACGUCCAAGGGGUAACCUGGGAUCCUUUAGGCCAAUACAUUGCAACUCUGAGUUGUGAUAGGGUCCUGCGGAUAUACAACACACAAACCAAGCGUGUAGCGUUCAACGUCACCAAGAUGCCGUCUGGAUCAGGAGCAGAAGGCGAGGCUAGGAGCUAUCGGAUGUUUCACGAUGACAGCAUGAAGUCGUUUUUCCGCAGGCUCAGUUUCACUGCGGAUGGCUCCUAUUUGCUCACUCCAGCUGGCUGUGUUGAAUCAGGAGAGAAUGUAACAAACACCACAUACGUUUUCUCCAGAAACAAUCUUAAAAGGCCUGUGGGUCACCUGCCGUGUCCUGGAAAGGCAACUCUUGCUGUUCGCUGCUGCCCAGUCUACUUUGAGUUGAGACAAACAUUUAAUAAAGAUGAAAUCAGUCAGAAGUCAUCUCCUUCUCUGUUCAAUCUGCCCUAUCGAUUGGUGUUUGCUGUUGCUUCAGAAGAUUCUGUGCUUUUUUAUGAUACUGAACAGUCUUUUCCCUUUGGCUAUGUUUCUAACAUACAUUAUCACACUCUGAGUGAUAUUUCAUGGUCCAGCGAUGGAGCCUUUCUUGCUAUUUCUUCCACGGAUGGAUACUGUUCAUUUGUUACCUUUGAGAAGGAUGAACUGGGAAUACCACUGAAGGAAAAGCCACAGAUAAAUGUCAGGACUUCUGGUGCAGCAGAGAAGAAAGUGAAAAAGAGUCAGUCGCACAAAGUCAUUUCUCCAGGCUCUAGGCUGACAGAGGGGACUCCUUCCAGCAGGGUUAUGGAUCCUAGCACUCCCACUCUCCAACCUACAACUACAGCUGCCAGUAAGGACUUGCUUUCCACACCUGUUGGCAUAAAAAAUAUUCCAGUCUCAUCCUCAGACGAGAGGAAAAUCAGCCAGCCAGCCAGCCAGAGCAGUAAAGUAAACCAGCCCAGGAGGAUUACUCUCAACACUUUACAAGCAUGGAGCAAGACGCCAAGGAGAGUAAACUUGAUUCCACUAAAGCCAGAUACACCAACUUCUACAUGUACAGAUACAGUUCCUAUAUCUCCUUCCUCGGAACAAGAACUUGAGAGGCCUUUGCCACCUGAUGACAGUCCUCAAAAUCCCCCAGCAUCAAAACGUCCUAGAACUGAAGAAAUGUCACUUUCUACACCUCUUGAAGAUCAAAUCAACUGCGAUUCAAACAAAUAA